UCAUGAGAGCACAGUGUCCGGGUGAAACGCCAGGAGAUGUGAUAGUGGGCACACUAUUCCAUUUAUUACUACCUGUUUUACUACUGACUGCAAUAUCACUGAGGUACAAUGGGCUAUCAGUUGUGUAUCUUCUGUUCCUUCUGUGUAUACCACUGUUUCCCACUCCAAACCUGGCUACCAUGAAAGGGAAAACUGGAAGGUUUCUACGUGUCAUUUGUUCCACUGGUGUGACAUUUCUGGCAUUGCAGUGUGAAAUGCAAAUCACCUUUACAUAUAUUCCCAAAGAUGUGAUUGGACCAUGGGACAACAUUUUCUUUCACCUUGGCAUUGUCAGGUUUAGUGAUGUGGACACACUGAACAUAAUACGUCUACUAAUGCCAGAUAUCGCUGUCUUCUUGUCUACAUUGUUGAUCCUUCACUGGUGUAAAGCCAAGAAGUCAGAUCAUGGAGAAAACAGCAGACACCUCUACAACAGUGAGGGUUCCGACAGAGAGAUUUCUGACUCAGAAUGUGAAGAAGAGAGUAGAACAUCUGAGGGAACCUCCUUUGGCUCCUCUGUAAAGAGCCACACCUCUCCUCUCACCUCUCCUGACUUUCUACAAAAAUUGUUCAUAUUUCUGACCAGUCUGAGACUUGUCAUGUCUUCUGUAAUGAAUACUGCUGGAAAAGUCUUGGUGACUAUUCUUUUGGGGUUGGCAGGUAUAAUGUUUCCCUCGCUGACAUCAGCACUGUAUUUCAUGGUGUUUCUUAGCCUUGUAUGGUGCUGGGUGUUAGACUACACCAUAUCUCUGCUGCACUUCAGCUCUUUGUGUGUAAUGAUGACCAUCUUCAGUGGAGGACACAUCCUUAUUCUCUACCUCAUCCAGUUGCCUCUCAUGCAACAGCUUAUUCCUCCUCAGGAUGACUUUGCCAGAUUGUUCGGUUUGACAGCACUCAUCCAGACCAACAUGUCAGAACCAUAUAUCCUGUCCCUGCAUGAAGAUGGUAGUUGGCCUGCAAUGGUUAACCCACUGGUGCUCCUACUGCUGUAUUUUUCAGUCAUGAGUUUACUUCACAAGGAGGUAGAUGUGGAAAUUUAUGGUGAAGCUUCCAGCAUUCUAUCCAGCUUCUCUAAAAUACACAAUUUCUCUCCUGAAAGAAAAGAGUCCAUGACAUUGGUGUGGAAGAGGACAUGGCAAAACCAUGAAAAUUCUGGAGUGAAUUCCCUGAUUCUGGAGGAUGACAAUCCAAAUUGCUUUGCUUUUUCAUCAGAAGAAUAUACUGCAAAGAAGGAAAACUGUGGUGGAGGGAAUGAAAUACUGAAUGACGUGGAUUCUCUAUCAUCUACUGAUGCACCAGGACCUACUGCUUUAAACCAGCUUGGACAAUUCAUAAUGAAACAAAGCUAUUUAAUUGCUCUUAUCUUCACAAUGGUAUGGAGCAUCAGUUAUAAUUCAUGGCUUACGUUAGUAUUACUGGUGUGGUCAUGUGUAAUCUGGAUGUUGAAGGAUCGGCGACGGUUCACAAUGCUAAGCUCUCCAUUCCUUGCUGUCUAUGGGACAUUGCUGCUAGUGCUUGCAUUUAUUAGUCAACUCCAUCUUAACCAUAUUGACAUUUUUCCUACUUUACCAAAGCAUGUCCUGAUUGACUUUGAUGUCUAUGGUUAUUCAGUUCCCUGUGUUCACCUUGCUGCAAAGGUUUCUUAUACGUUUAGUUUCUGGAUUUUACUCAGACAAAAGUUGAAAGAAAAACAAGAAGAGGUGCUGCAGACAGAAGAUCAUUUAAUGGAAGUCAAAGUACAAUCAUGUGACAUCAGUUAUACCUCUCCAAUGAUGAUUAUGUUGGGAGCAUUAGUUAAAGGCAUUUUGGUGAAGUACUGGAUCUUCUGCUGCUGCUUUAUGUUCUUCUUUGUCAGUUUCUCUGACAAAGUAGCAGUCUACAAAAUCCUCUAUAUCUGCUUAUUCCUCUUCUUUGUGGUUCUGUAUGAGGUACAUUAUGACGUGUGGAGGGCAGUCUUGAAGCAUUUCUGGGCAGUAGUGGUUGGAUACUCUAUAUUAGUGUUGAUCCUGAUCUACGUGUACCAGUUUAAAAGUGUCUGUAACCUGUUCCAACAGAUAUUAGGCAUACCAGAGGAAAGGUUGCGAGACAUUGGGCUUGAACAGUUUGACACCAUUGAACUAUUUGCACGAAUCUUACUGCCAGCCUGCUUCCUUCUGGCCUGCAUUCUUCAGCUGCAUUAUUUCAACAGUGAUUUCCUUUCUCUAACUGAUCUUCAGGCAGUAGUGACAAGGAACAGAAUUAGCAGAGAAGAAGACCUGAGGGAAACACUAAAGGGGAUUUUUGAUAUGAUGAAGAAAAACACUGAGAAACUGAAGAAAUGGUUGAAGGAAAAACAGAUCUAUGGAAAAUGUGGUGAUCAAAUAAAUAAAUCUUCUUCCUCCUUGGACAAGCAUCAUGAAAUAGAAUUAAACGAUGAUGGGCCCGUAGUGAAGCAGUGGUUGGUGGUGAUGGAAAGGGUGCACGAGUUGACCGUGCAAGCUGUUUUGUGGUUAUGGAGAGGUCAGGAGCUGUGCUGGAGAAUACUGGAGCUCCACAGCUUCAAACUAGUCUCUACCGGCAUCAUCUGUGUAUGCGUGAAGGAGGUAUCGCUGAUGAACAUGUUGUUUUUUUUGCUGUGGACCUUUGCUCUGCCAUACUCCAGACUGCGGCCUUUGGCUUGCAGUGUGUCUUCUGUGUGGGCCUGUGUGAUUGUUGUGUGUAAAAUGAUGUACCAGCUCAAAAUUAUUAAACCAUCUCUGUAUUCUUCAAACUGCACAGCUGGUUUGUCAUCAUCUAAUGAGAGUUGGACAGGUGAUAACAAAGCAGAGCUAUUGAGGAAUUCAGUUCUAUAUCUGGCACCAAUAGAUCCAGCAGUGUGGGUCGGUGGAUUUAGGAAGUGUGAGGAUCGCAUCCUACCUUGCCUUUGGAAUCACCUGUUAAUUUUAGGCCUUCUUGUGUUUGAUGUGACUGUCCAUCGGCACCAGCUCCAUCACCGUCUUCAAAAUGGCCUUAAAGAAACACACAGCAGCAUCAUAUUUCAGGAUGUGACACAUCAGCAUCUAGACCAUGGCAUUAUGCCAUCCCUCAAAUAUUUUGCUAACUAUUUCUUCUACAAGUUUGGUUUGGAGGUGUGUUUUGUGGUAGCAGUAAAUGUGAUUGGCCAGCGAAUGGAUGUAUGUGCACUUCUGCACUCUUUUGCUCUAAUGGCUGUUUUGGCACGACGUCGUAGAAAGGCUAUAGGAGAAGUGUGGCCAAAAUACUGCUGCUUCAUUGCAAGUUUCAUGGUGCUGCAAUACCUGCUCUGCAUUGGCCUACCACCAGGGCUCUGCAUUGAUUAUCCCUGGAGGAAGUCAUCUGUGCCUCUGAGCUCUAAUCUGAUAAAGUGGCUGUAUCUACCAGAUUACGCCAUGAUUCCCAACGCCAACUUCAUUCUCUAUGACUGCCUGCUAUUGUUGGUAGCAUCUCUGCAGUGGCAGGUCUUUGAGGAUGAAAAUCAGGCUUGUGUGAGACUCCUGGCAGGAGAGAAUGUAGAGAUCAGCCGAAAUCUGGAUCCACAGACACUCAACCAGUACACUUCUGUCAACAACUUUCUUCAUUGCCGGUCAUACCUGGACAUGUUGAAGCUGUUUGCAUUCAGUUACUUUUUCUGGCUGGUGUUGUGUCUCAUCUUUAUCACUGGAACCACAAGAAUUAAUAUCUUUUGUCUGGGCUAUCUGGUAGCCUGUUUUUAUUUCAUGCUGUUUGGAGGCACGUUACUGCUGCAGCCAGUGCAAUAUGUGCUGAGAUUUUGGGACGGUCUCAUAGCUUACACCUGUGUGGUCAUCAGCCUUAAGAACAUGCUCUCACUUGGGUCUUGUGUUUACCUGGAGAGUCUACAGAAGCAUGGCUGUUGGCUCAUUCAAGCUUUUAGCAUGUUCUGCACCAUCAAUGGCUACAAUUUACCCAAGCCUGACAAUCAGUGUGAAUUGCCAGAGGGUGAAGCUGGUAUUGUCUGGGAUGCCAUUUGUUUCACUGUCCUGUUGGCGCAGAGGAGAGUCUUCCUCAGCUACUACUUUCUCUAUGUUGUUUCUGACCUCCAGACUUCUAAGGUCCUUGCUUCAAGAGGUGCAGAGUUGUUUGAAGCCAAAGUGAAGAAACAGGUGGCAGCAAGAUUAGAAAUGGAGAAAAAAUCUGUGGAAAUACUGAAGAAACAAAUGGAGAAAAUCAAAUCAAAACAGAAGGAUGCUCCUUAUCAACAGGUUACAUCAUCUACUGCUGAAUCUUUGCAUUGCCCAAAACGAAAUGAUGGAGACUGUGGUUAUGAUUUGUUUGAAUCUGACAGUGAGGAGGAGGAGGAGGAGGUUAAGGACAUGACAGAGGAAAAUAGUUUUCCUAAGAAGAAAACUGCUUUUCAGCUGGCCUAUGAGGCUUGGGUGGCAGGCUACAAGGCAGCCCUGAGAGACCAUGAAAGUCAAGAGCAAGAAGAGCAAGUGAAAGUCAAAAGACAGCUGCACAGACAAGAGGGCAUGGAGAAAGAGGAGUUUGGUGAGGAGCAGCAGGAGGAGGUCAGUCAAAAUGAAGAAGAAGAGAAAGAGCACAUACUUAAGCGAGCACUUGACACUGUAAAAUUUUUCUGGGUUUUUCUAAACUGUCUUACUGAGGAUAUAAUAUCUGGUCUGAAGUCACUCUGUAAAGACAGCUUGGAUAUCUCUCAAGUGCUUCGUUUUGAGAAAACUCUACUGAGCAUACAACAAAAUAAGGGCAGGGAUGUUUCUCAUGACAGUAUUCAUCGGUUCUACAAAAACUGGCUCUCCAGACAAAAUACAGAGGCAUCACUGGACACAGCCAAAGAAGAUCUGGAAGAAAUAACCACGUCACAUCCAGCCAUGAGCAGUUACAAGUGUGGCUAUGUCAAACUCAGCAGCGUCCACUCAUGGGGCAGCAGUCUUUCCAGCUGCCAAACUGAUGACACUCUUCUAAUAACACGCCAGUCAACUCAAGAUGACUUGGAUGCCAUAGACUUCACAAAACUUGAUGUUGCCCAGUUGUGCCAAAACAGAGAUGACCUGACAGAAAGAACUCCUGAUGAAAAUAUAUUGCUGAAAGAUCAUGUUGAUAGAUUUGAAAAGGUAAAAGAGGAAUGCACAAAUGAAGAAAAUACAGAAUUUACAGGAAUUAAUCAUCUGCCCAACACAAACAAUGAGACGUUUCAAGAGUCCAGAAUGCUCAGUAAAGAGACCAGGGCACUUACUGCCAGUGAACUGCUUCUUAACAAGAUAUUUGAUAUUCCAGAGAUUGAGGAAUCUGAGAGAUUCUACUCUUCGUUGUCUUGUGCUGUGCGUCUCAUCUUUGCUCUCUACAAUUUGAUGGAGUCUCAGUCAGAGAUGUUCUGUUACUUUGUGAUUAUCUUAAAUCACAUGGUGUCUGCCUCUCUACUAACACUCUUCCUGCCCAUCCUGAUCUUCCUGUGGGCUAUGUUGUCAGUGCCACGGCCAACAAAGCGCUUCUGGAUGACAGCCAUUAUCUACACACAGCUCACAGUUGUGGUAAAGUACUUUUCCCAGUUUGGCUUCUUUCCAUGGACUACAUCAGCAUAUCGUGGAAUUAAUGCAGAGCGCGCAUUUGCAAUACCCAACAUAGUCGGAGUUGAGAAGAAAGAUGGCUACGUACUGCUAGACCUCAUCCAGUUAAUUGCUUUGUUCUUCCAUCGCUCUAUUCUUAAGUGUCACGGUUUGUGGGAUAACAAGGAGGUGGAGAUGCCAGACUUCUUUAAGAAUCUAAAAAGAAAAACAGAGAAAAACAAGAUGGCUGGAGGAUCAAGACAACAAGAAGAAAACACAAGACGACGAAUGCCCUUCUUUUCUUCAUACUCAUCAUACACUUCUUUUCUUCAGAGACAAAGAGUAGAGAGCCCAGAGAGACUAGAUUCAAAUCAAAGCAAGAAAAAACAUUCACAGAAGAAGCAACAGUGGAAUGUGCCUCUAAGCAGGAAGGAGCGAAUAAAACAGUACAUGAAUGGACAAAUGUUGGAAGCCAAAGCUGCAGUCAUUGAGCUUGCUCUACACAUAUAUCUACCUAUAAGGCAAUUCUUCUAUGACAUCAUCCACCCUGAGUACAGCCCAGUGUGCGAUGUGUAUGCUCUGAUGUUCCUGGUAGAUGUGGUGAACUUCAUCAUUAUCAUAUUUGGAUACUGGGCCUUUGGAAAGCACAGUGCAGCUGCUGAUAUAACAGAGUCACUGUCAGAAGACCAGGUUCCUGAAGCUUUUCUUGUCAUGCUGCUCAUCCAGUUCAGUACCAUGAUUGUGGACCGAGCACUCUAUCUUCGUAAAACUCUUCUUGGCAAGUGUAUUUUCCAGGUAGUGCUUGUGUUUGGGAUCCACUUCUGGAUGUUCUUCAUACUGCCUGGUGUCACAGAGAGGAGAUUCAACAGGAAUCGAGUUGCUCAACUCUGGUACUUUGUAAAGUGCAUUUAUUUUGGUCUCUCAGCAUACCAGAUCAAAUGUGGUUACCCGAACCGAGUUCUUGGAAAUUUUCUUACCAAGAACCACAACUAUUUCAACCUAUUCCUUUUUCAAGGAUUCAGGUUAGUCCCAUUCCUGACUGAAUUAAGGGCAGUGAUGGACUGGGUGUGGACAGACACAACUCUUAGCCUGUCCAACUGGAUCUGUGUGGAGGACAUCUAUGCCAACAUCUUUAUUCUCAAAUGCUGGAGAGAAGCAGAAAAGAAAUACCCUCACCGACGUGGACAGAGGAAGAAGAAGGUGGUGAAAUACACAAUGGGCGGCUUCAUUAUUUUUAUUCUUAUCUGCAUCGUCUGGUUCCCUCUUCUCUUCAUGUCUUUGGUUAAAUCUGUAGCAGGAGUAACCAAUCAACCUCUAGAUGUGUCCAUUCAGUUAAGCAUAUUUGGAUAUGAGCCAUUGUUUAGCAUGAGUGCUCAGGAGCACAAUCUGAUCCCAUACUCUCAAUCAGCUUUCCAGAAGAUGAGCAAUCACUUUGCCACUUACCCGUCAGCAAUGCAGUUUAUUGUAAACUAUGUGGCAGAGGACAUAGUGAUAGCAAAGAUCAAAAGUGACGCCAGUCGACUGUGGAACGUCAGUCCUGCCAGCCGAGAUGCCAUGAUCUAUGAACUCAGCAACUCAACACACUUCUACAUCACACUGCGUUGGACUUUACUACGAAAUGCAUCUUUGGCGAUGAAUGCAGAGACGACUGGAGAACACACAGUAAAGUAUAAAGAUAACGUACUGAGAGAGGAACUGGUGUCUAUGCUCCGAGGGACACGCAGCCGUCCAGUGUUACUGGAAAAUCUGCUGCCAAAAUAUAUUAGAGGAACUUCCGGGCCUAUCGCUAAAGUGGCACAUCGACUUCAAGUGGAAAAUCCAAAAAGCAUGGAUGAUCUCCAUCUACAGUUCUUCCGCCCUCUGUCCAUCAAACUGCAACGGGGAAAUGGGAGUUCUGCAGAAAUAGGGCCACAGUGGUGGGUGGUGGAAGAGUGUUUUCCUGGCCAUCUAGACAGCAGAUGCCAGAGUAUUGAGAUGGUGGUGUUCAAUGAUAAAGUCAGCCCUUCCAGUGUGGGCUUCUUAGCUGGAUAUGGCAUUGUGGGUCUGUACAUGUCGGUGGUGCUGGUCAUUGGGAAGUUUGUACGGGAGUUCUUCACAGGCAUAUCGCGAUCCAUCAUGUAUGAGGAGCUGCCCUGCGUGGACCGUGUAUUAAAACUGUGCAAUGAUAUCUUUGUUGUGCGAGAGACGGGAGAGAUGGAGAUGGAGGAACAACUGUUUGAGAAGCUCAUCUUUCUGUAUCGUUCACCCGAGACCAUGAUCAAAAUGACCCGUAAAAAGAAUGAGUAACUGCAUGACAUUUCUGUCACAAAUAUUAGAUAUUGCGCCAAACUAAAAGUCAUUUUAUACACUGUAAUGCAGUACUAAUUUAUAUUUUGGGGAUAUUUACAUCUAUCCAUGAUGUGUUUUUGAAGUGCAAAACUUUUUUAGCACCAUGAACUGACAAAAAGCAUUAAAUAAUCAUGUACAGUACAUGAAUGAUGUAGUUUGGAUGGAAUUAUUUUUACUUAAAUGCAUUUCUUAGUGAUAUGUUGUAUCAGUAAUCAUGCAGUGCACAAGUAAUUAAUCUUUAUGUAUUUCAUUUAGCUUCUUAGAAUAUGUAGAAAGUAUGUAGGAAGUAUUUAAUAUGUUAUUAUUUAUUUCAAUCUGUAUGCAUGGUAUGCAUAUAAUAAACAAUGGCACGUGUAAGACAACUUGUAUUGCAUUUAUCUUGUAUCUUAGUCUUAGUGUUCAAUUAUCAUUUAUCAUUUCAUUUAUCAAAUAUCUUUAGCCUCAUUAAGGGCCCGUUCACAUAUGGCAUCUUCAGCGUGCUGCGGCGUGGUUUCCAUGCACGUAAUUGAAGGUCAUGUGACAAGAAUCAACCAAUCAGCUUCAUCCUUUCCUGUAACAACAUUGAAAGCUCAGCCAAAAUAAAGCAAUCGCUGGCCAAACCUGUACAGCGAUAAUCAUUUCAAAGUAAAUCUAAUAGCAGAUCUACUGCAAGCGAUUUUAGUGCUGGAAAUCCAUUUAUCCUUAGCUGAAAUUUCUGCUGCUUCAAAGAAAGUGCAGAUAAUGGUUCCUUAGCGACGGCAAACACUUCUGGAGCGCAAGCGGAAAGCGGCGUGUCUUGCAUUUUCCAUGCAUUCUUAGGUGCGAUAUGUGAACCUGAGCCUGUCAGCCCUAAUCUUAAUUUGUGCAUAUCUGGAUGAAAUCCGAUCUAGACAACCAGUAGAGCUGCUCCCUAUAUGUAGUCUGCGUAGGGAACCAAACUUUCUUUUCACAAAAUUUCUGCCUAUAUGGAGGCUCGCCCAAUUGUGAAGAGUGAAGUCUAAAACUCUUGGACAUUGGAAGGUUCUGAGGGUGGAGAUUCAUUUGGUUGUGACAUGCUGCCCUGUUAACAUCUGGCCUCCGAGGACUCGUGACGCAGUUUGGCAGAUCUGGCAUUUAGUAUAGGGACCCUUAGUGUUGUACACUCAUCACAAAGUGAACAAUAGAAAAGGAAUGUCCUGGAUUACGUACAGUAACCCUUGUUCCCUGAUGGAGGGAUCGAAGACAUUGUGUCAUUGUGUUAAGACGUUGAGACAUUGUGUACUUCCUGCCACAACUUGAACUGCAUCUGAGGGAUUGAGACGCUUUUCGACUUCUCAGAACAGAAAGAUGCUAAGCUAGGCUAUUUAUACCCAAAUAUCACGGCGUGGCUUGCUAUGCAAAUUCUACACAUCCAAUUUCAUUGGCCUUUUCUCUAAGAUCUCAGAGGUGUGUGGGCUCCCAAAAGUGAUCCUUAGUUCGACACAAUGUCUCCGUUCCCUCCAUCAGGGCUUAUAAGGGGUUACUUUACAUCAGGGGUGUCAAACUCAAUUCCUGGAGGGCCGGAGCCCUGCAGAGUUUAGAUUCAACCCUGCUAAAACACAUAUACUAUGUAUGUCUGAAGUACUUGAUUAGCUGGAUCAGGUGUGUCCGAGCUCUCCCGCUGUCCGAGGCCAGCAAUGCCAGGCGGGUACAUGGCUCGCGGGCUGGCCGUUGUCGUUGGCGGUUCCCUCUGGGGCUUGCCGGCUGAGUGGCGACGGCGUGCAGGUGAUCAAACCGCUGGCCUGUUGACUGGUCGUGACGUGCCCUCCGGCGCGCGCCUCCUCCUGGACCACCCUCCAUGGAAAAGGCUCCCCAGACUCCUGAUGUUGGGCCGCGUCCGGCAGCUCCACCGCCUCGACGAGCUCCAUGGUUGUGGCUGGGUUCCGCAUCCUGACUGCUUGUCUGUGUGAGCGGGGAAGGGCUCUCAGGAACCGAAAAACUACGACCCGCUCUGUCACCUGACCCGCCGUUGGGGCCCCGUCGAGGAGCCAGUGUUGGGCGAGGCACGAGUGUGCAAAUCAACUAUUUGGAUUUAUAUGCAUAAUCAUCUGUAAAAUACAUUCUGAUAGAUAGUGGCUUUAUAAGAAAGGAUAAUCAAAUACGGAAAGUUCAAAAUUAGUUUCUGAAAAUUUUAUACCUGAGAAAAAUUUACCUC